ACAUUCAGUAUCGUUUUUACAUGCUGUGCGGUUUCAAGUUCGUUGUGUGUGUAUAUAUAUAUAUUUAUUUUUCAAAAAAUUGUAAAGAUAUCUGGGUCGAAAAAACGAAAUACAAAUAACGUGGUUAAAAAAAAAAUCGAAUAGAACUCGGCCAACUUCCUGACCUUUGACCUCGAAAUGGAGGCGAUCAGGGGAUUAUACCAGCCGCAGGAGCAGCAGGAGCAAUCUGAGUUGAACGAUAAUAACUUCCCCGAUAAUGAUGGAAACGAGGAGGCUGUGCCUCUUGAGCUCUUGAAUCACGCCGAGACCCGUGGCAGUGGUGGCUCUAAUAAUUUUUCUGACAGUCAUGAACCGGUGCAGAGUCGCACCUGUUGGAUUUGCUUUGCCACCGAUGAUGAUAAUCGUCAUGCCGUGUGGCUGCAGCCGUGCAAAUGCCGUGGUACCACCAAAUGGGUUCACCAGAGUUGCCUCUAUCGUUGGAUCGAUGAGAAACAGAAUGGCAAUCAUCUCCGUGCCGUUGUCUGUCAGCAGUGCCAGACGGAAUAUAUCAUCAAGUUUCCCAAAAUGAACAAACUAGCCACUGCCCUGGAGUGUAUUGAUUAUGCAGUUUGCCGAAUUUGUCCCUAUCUCACAGCUGGUGUAUUCUUUGGCUGCGUUUAUUGGGCAGCGCUCACAUAUGGAGCUUUUACUGUAGUACAGAUCAUGGGCCAAAAACGUGGCAUUGAGCUCAUCGAGGACUGGUGUCCCUAUGUGUUUAUAAUUCUCCCUGGCAUACCGACGGUCCUGAUCUUGUCCCGUUUCGUUCGCUGGGAGAAUUUCGUCCUGCGGAUCAUGAGAAGCAGGUACAACUUCCUCCGGAAGCUCCCCCUGUUGCAUUGGAGCGGGGAACCAGAAGUUGAGAACAGAGGCGGCAGCUCCGAGGGAUUACCCCCCGUCGAGAUAAAUCCCUUUGCGGAUCCCCUUAAUAUCGAUAGACUUUUUUGCGGUGCCGUGCUCCUGCCCACAAUUGCCACCUUUGUGGGCAGUUUGCUUUUCUAUCGCUAUGAGGAUCCGGUGCAACGCACCCUUCUCGGUGGCAUCACCUACAUUGUGGCCAAGGGUUUGCUAAAGAUCUAUCUUCGGCAGAAGCUGUACAUUCGCAAUCGUCGCCUUCGCAUCCUUGACUACACCGAUGAGAAUGUGCGACUCCAUAUGGGCGGUCAGAUUCGAGAGGCACCCGCCCAGGAUCAAAAUCGAAAUAAUGUACGUGUAAAUGCUGGCUUUGUUGAAUACUACGAUUCGAGUGAAAAUUCUGGAGAUAACGAAAUGGACAAUGGGACAACUCCAAAUGCGGAUGGGCAUCAGGCAGAAACCAGUGCUCCCCAGCCGAACCAGGACUAUUACAGUGUCUCAAUUGGAGAAGAUGAUACUUAGUCUCCUUGUGGAUCCAAGGAGCAGGAUAAUACUCAAAAACAUGUCUUUAUUUUUGGUAACCCACAGAACUAAAUUCAUUAAGGAAGCAUAUGAAUAUAUAUAUAUUUUUUUGGACACAAGUCAUGGAGAUACUACACAGGAAGACAAAUCGUUUACCUUGUUUGCACAAUUAAUGGAAUCAAUCACAUUCAUAUACUUUCAAAUCAAAUUUAUACAAUUUAGAAAAUGAUUCAAGAAAGAAGAUGCAGUACUAAGGAAUAUAAUAAAUUACUUGUUUUUUUUUU